AGAAAAGGCAGCAAGCAGUUCCAGCCCGACAACCGACGACGCCCGUGCUUGGAUGCAGCGCCCGUACUGGACCCCGGGAGCGACCAAGAGUGCGGUGACUCCCAAGAACAACGGAGUCAAGCCUUCAGCGCCAGUCAAGACGACUGUUGCACCACCUGCAGCCGUGCAAUGCAAGUUGCCAGCGGCGCCAUCGGCGGCAACGCCACGCGCACGGACUAAAGUCGCGGCGACGACCAAGCCUCCAAGCCUUGUCAAGCAGCUUCUCAAGGUCUGCAAGAUCGUACGCCAGCCGGUAGCCCCGAAACCGGUAGCUCCUGUUGUCGUGACCAAGACGGUGCAACGAGCGGCAGUGCAAGCCAAACCACGCCCCGACCUCGCACAAAGCACUGUACAGCCACGAAACACUGCCGCGAGAGUGCUCUCAGCACCCAAGGCCCGGCUGCAACCAGUCACCGUCACGUUGCCCGCGAAGCGCCAGCCAGCGAGGUUGCCCAUGCGCGAGCGUCUCUGGCGCAUGACUGAUGUCAACGGGAUCGACAGCCUCGUACCUACUACGGGCGCUGUGUACGGUUGCGCAAAGCAGUGCACGUUUGACUGGGCCAAGCCCACGCGCCCAUCAACCUGUGACGGCCCCAGCCAAGGUCAAGGGUCCACGGAAACUGAGAUCAUGUGGAGCAUGCUCACCCACCGCGUCCCAGUGCAGUAUUCACCCUCGCUCUCAAGCAAGGUCCUUACGCGCCCGAGUCCAUGGUGGGUUUCGUACCCCCAAAAGGUACUUCGCAACACCAAAUAUCGCCUCCACGACAGCUUCCAGUCGCUCGCCCCCGACGUGCUCCUUGCCCUUGGGUACUUUUACCCGCGUCCCAAAGCUCGCCGUCUGCGCUUGGCAUGAGCCAUCAUUCUCUCGCGCCAUCCUUGCUGAUCCUUGCGCUUGUAGUUGGGAUCACUCGUAUCUAACACUGUAAUCUUAUGACCUCU